AUGACCGUCGACACGAGACAAAAUGGGAGCCACAGCAACACCGUGGAACGCGUGGCCACGAAACUGCCAUACCACGAAGACACAGCCGAGCGCAUCACCCUUGGCAUACUGACAUUGUUCGGUAAACUGCGAGAGCUCGAGACCCUACAGCCAGAUCCGAUCAACGGAAGACUCUUCAACCAGCUGUUUGAUCUCGUGACCAUCUCAAAAACCACCACCACUCAGGAAGAACAGAUCCUCUCGGACCCACGCAUACAAGCCAUCAUCCCAGAACUGCGGCAGGUGUGGGGUGACGCCGAGUACCUCCUCGAGCUCGACUUUGCGCGCAAGGUCAUCUCAGGGUCGCCCUCGGUCCCCGACUGCCGGCGGCUGUACGAGAGCUUCCCCUACCUGGACCAGUACCGCCAGCUCGCACGCAUGGAGACAAACACUCUCGACACCGCGCUCGGCGAAAAGGGUCUGCCGCCGGUGCGCAAGAUCGCCUUCCUGGGGUCCGGGCCCACCCCGUUCUCAGCCCUGUGUUUCCGGGAGAGGCUAGGCCGGGAGGUGGAGAUUGUCAACAUCGACCGCAGCGAGGAGGCGAUCGACCACGGCCAGCGGGUGGCCCUCUCGCUGGGGCACGAGUUCUCGGGGAACAUGACUUUUGUGCGUGCUGAGGUCGCGGUGGCGGCUUCGAGCCCGUCAUCGUCCGAAGCUGGGAACGACGCCUCGGUUGACCGCACGGGCACAGAGGUGAUGGCGCUUUCGGAUCUGGGCGACUGUGACCUCGUCCACUUUGCUGCGCUCAUCGGUGAGACGGAAAGGGACAAGAGGGAUCUGCUGAUCGCGGUCGCCAAGGCCAUGAAGCCGGGCGCACUUAUCAUGCUCAGAAGCACAGACAGCCUGCGGCAGUGUCUGUACCCAAAGAUGGACGUUGACUGCUGGGAGGUGUUGGACGUGGUCACCCCGGUCCUGGCGACAAGAUACUUUGGAGCGUCGACGAGCCUGACCACAAUUGUUGUCAGUGUAGAUGGUUAAGGGCGCAUAUAUGCACAUUCAGGCAUUGGCAUAAGUUGGAGUUUGUGGCACGAAGAUCAUGCUGCAGUUAAUUGCCAACGUAGCGACAUACACCACAUAUUAAACGUUCGAUUUUGGAAGGCAUCAGUCAGCGAGAAUCACGGAGCCUAGAUCGAGUGCAAUGUAGAUUCUCG